UUACAUUUUACAACCUCAAAAUGGAUUUAAUCUUGAGUGAUAAGUAUCGCAUUCUCUUUGCAGAAUGCAUGAAAAUAAAACUGUAUUCAGCAAUCUGACUUCAUGCCGGAGGGAUGUGUAGUAAAAUUUUCUAAGAAAUACGGUAUUUCCAAAGCACAUAGCUUGAAUACCUGUUUAUGAAAGAUAAUGUUUUAAUAGAAAAUGUUUAUAAAUGUAUUAUUUUUUUAUAUCGAUGUGAAAGAAAUGCGAUAUCUGUAAAUUUAACAAAUAUUGCAUGAGAAGAUUUAAGGAAAAUCAACAACUAUUUAAACGGGAAGAAUGGUGCAAGUAAUGUUUGGAACGUGGGACUAUGUCAUCAUGGUCGCCACGUUAAUCGCCUCAGUAGUAAUUGGUCUUUACUUUAAAUUCACUGGCGGCAAACAAAAAACAAAUGAGGAAUACCUUUUGGCCGAUCGAAACAUGUCUAUAUUUCCCGUUGCUGUAUCAUUGAUGGCUUCAUUCAUGUCUGCCAUAACACUACUUGGAGUAUCGGCAGAAAACUAUUACUAUGGAAUGAUAUUUGUUGUCAUAAAUCUAUCAUACGGUAUCGCGACACCGAUCGCUUCGCAUUUAUAUCUGCCGGUCUUCUUUGGACUUCAAAAGACUAGUACUUAUGAGUACUUGGAACUGCGUUUUGGGCCCAAAAUUAGAAUGUUGGCUUCAUUGACGUACACGUUGCAAAUGAUACUCUAUAAUGGAAUCGUGCUCUAUGCUCCUUCGAUUGUUCUAGAAGCCGUGACCGGUCUAGAUAGAGUAAUAUCUAUAUUAGUUAUAGGAUUGGCCUGCACUUUCUAUUCUACUUUAGGCGGUAUGAAGGCCGUACUUUUUACUGACUUACUUCAAUCAUUUUUAAUGUUCGCUGCUGUGUUUAGCAUUGUAAUUUUUGCGAUGAUAAAAGUCGGAGGCCUAGAAAACAUUUUUAUCAUAGCCAAAGAAGGUGGACGACUUGAUUUCUCGAAUGUCAGUUUGGACCCUACAGAACGGCACACAUGGUGGUCCUUAAUUAUCGGAGGUUUUAUUACGUAUCUAUCUUUAAAUGCCGUAAAUCAUACGCAGAUUCAGCGGUUAUUAACAGUGAGUUCUCUAUCUCGUUCCCAACAAUGUCUAUGGUGGAGUUGGCCCGUUCUAUCCUUAUUGAGCGUCGUCACAUGCACAAGCGGCUUAGCUAUCUAUGCUGUGUAUAAGGACUGUGACCCAUACGUCAGUAAAUCUAUCUCAGCGAUAGAUCAGCUCAUGCCCUACUUCGUGGUGGACACAAUGCGCUCAGUUCCAGGACUCGCGGGUUUGUUUGCGGCUGGAAUUUUCAGCGCAUCCUUGUCUACUAUAUCGGCCUCUUGCAAUGCGCUUGCUGCAGUAACUCUCACCGACUAUGUAAGCAGAUGGUGCACAGUACGUGAAACGUACAUAGCCUGGUUAACGAAGUUAGCAGCAUUUGCGUAUGGGAUGGUAUUUCUCGCCUUAGCGUUUCUUGCACAAUAUUUAGGGGGUAUUUUGCAAGCAGCUCUGACUAUAUUCGGAGCGGUCGGUGGACCCCUUUUCGGGGUGUUUACUUUGGGAAUGUUUACAACAUACGCUACGGAAAUGGGUGUUUCAGUGGCUUUACUGAGCGGUAUGUCCAUGACCUUAUGGAUGAGUUUCGGUAGUCCACGUCCAUUGCCGGUAAAGUUACCACUUAGUACCGAGGGAUGUUUGAAUGCCACCAUACCAUUGGCUGUUACGUCACAAACAUCAGAUUACUUCUACUUGUACAAGAUAUCCUACAUGUGGACGAGUCCGAUCGGUUUCGUGUGGGUGCUGGUGGUGGGCUCGCUGGUGUCGCUAGUGUGGCGGCACGCGCAGCCGUGGCAGCGCGCCGGCCGCCCGCACCCCGACCCCGCGCUCUUCACGCCGCCGCUCGCCAACUACCUUCGCGCUAAAUAUAAAGACGUGGACAACGUACAGAUGGGCAAAGAGAAUAAAUACUAAUCAUCAUAUGACUUGCUUCGGGAAUUUUGAUAUAUUUUUAUGUAAGAGCCAACUCCUGCAGAAAAGUGGCAGUUAUUGACGCACUGAAUGAAGAUAAUUUAUAGUUACAACAUACAUUUUAUUUUGAUUUAAUAAGACGCUGCACUGUCUUAGUAUUAUUUUUACUAUGAAAUAACUACAAAGAUAUUCUUUUAGUGUGUAAAAAAGUGGUUGUCAGUUUAAUCCAUAGAUUCAUUCAACGAAGUCAUUAGGGCGGGAGGAACGACCCGAGCUACAUACGCCAUGUGUAGUUUGGCAUAUCAUAUUUGUUUGUAGGUAUUUUAUAUUGUUAUGUGUAUAUGAUUAAAAGUGAAUACUACUUGUGCUGUGAGAUUGCAAAUCCUCAUAUCCUGUAAGGAGCUGCGUUUUCGUCAUUACCAUAUUUAUUUAUUUAUUUUUUUAUUGAUAUUGACUGUUAUUGAGUUAUGACAAUGGCGACAUUGUUGAGACAUUUUCGGCUUUUAUUAUAAGAUCGAAGGCGUUGUUUUACUGUUCACUUCUCUUUAUACUAUGGUAAUAUCUAAUAUCAGUUAAAAAUUAUAAGACACAAACAAUAUUAUUAUUAUUGAUUAUGACAGAGCGAUAUAUCAUUAUACAUACGUUAUGUACUGUGAAUAUGAAUAUUUGCACUAUAACCAGCACAAUUUGGGCUGCCUAAAGCUAUAAUAUAUACUAGAGUCUCGAAAUGAUGAUGAUGAAUGUAGAAUAUUUGAUAUUUAUUAAUAAUGUUAUCUAAAUGACUAGUGAUAUCUAGAAAAAGACAAUAAUAAUCUUAAAUUACAUUAUUAGGCAGAAAUGAAUGUGUUUCAGAAAAAUGUUUUUUUGGUACUUGGUAUAUUUGUAGGUACAAAAUUUUUAAAUGUUUGCAAUUAUAUACUUUUUUACUAUUUAACUAAAAAGUUUCAUCCAGCAAAUUGAUAAAACCUAUGUGAGUAAUUAAAUAGUGGUGUUUGUUAGCAAUAAUUUUAUAUAAAUUCUAUUUAUGUUUAUAUGCUAUGUAUAUAGUUAAGUUUUUAAUUUGAAUAGUAAUAGGCGUUCAAAUUCGAUUAUCACAAUCGACUUUACACAUUUAAAUAACCAUACUUAAAUACACUUAAUGAAUUUUCAUUACUUCAUGGACUUCAACCUUCAAUCAAGACAAGACUGACAACUAUAAAUCUUGUGUCCAGUAAUUUAGACCACAAUAAGCAAUAGUAGGUACAAUUUAUAAAUAGGUACAUAGUAUUUUCUAUUUUUUGGAGUAUGUGUAUCGUAAUUAUAUCACGAAUUUCGAACGUCUUGGGGUUCUAUAUUGUGAUUUUUUGAGGUUGUUAAACAACACUCAAAUUCCUAAUUUUGUUCCAGGUUUAUUUAGGUAUUUGUUUAUAUAAUAGCUAUGGACGGUUUCAUAACUUUUAGAUUUGUAUCUUUAGCUUAUCUAUCAGUUAAAAUAUGAUGUAUUAAAAUAUAGGUACUUGAAUUUUAGAGUCAAUCAGGGUAAUUGUGAAUCCCUGUUCAAUGUACAUAAUUGGUAAAAAUAUUAUUUCUGUUUUUGCAAAACGUUUAAUAAGAAUUGUUUCCAAUUAUAUACAAUUACCCUGAUUCACUAUAUAUGAAAAGAUUAAUAUUUAAUUAAAAAAAAAAACAAUUGUGUAAUAGAAGAGCCAAUAUGUGGUCUUAAAUCUACAGUACCUACAGCAUGUCCACAUUUACAUUCAAUAGUAAACAUUUAUUUGAUAUAAAUGUAAUAUAAUAUUAUAUAUCAUACAUUGACUUGGGUAAUUAUUACCUACAUUAAGUUCAUUUGCUAAUCAGACAAUUUACGCUUUAUCUUAGAAAUUAAAAAUGAAAAAAAUGUAAUGCAUAUAUUAUAACAAUAUCUAGAACAUAAUACCAGUGUUUUGUACUUGAAAGUUUUUUUUUUAUAAUUGUACUGCCAAUAAUAAAGUAAUAAUUACAUUUUGAAGUAGAAUAAGUAAACUGGCUUUACUUUUUCUUAUAAUAUUGUAUAUUGUGUGACCAUCUUAAAAUAGUAAGAUUUUAGUUUUCUUUAAUGAUUGCAAUAAAUUCGAGUUUCAAUUUAAAUGACUGCAAAUCAGAUAACUCUGUCACUUUAGAUCAUAUCAUUUAAAGUUCUCACCAAAUUCUUGUCAGACCUGAAGUUGAUAAGAGUGCGAUUAUUGAACUAACAAUGUACAAAAUCAAAGGGUAAAGUAGGUACAAAUUAAAUAUGAAGGGACAACUUAUUUGUUGCUCGAAUGCAGCAUCUCUCAGUAACUUGAGAGAUUUUUGGCAAAAACUGUACAAGCAUCUUAUGAAUACUAUGUUUCUGGUCCUAAAAGUAGAAUAUUAAUUUGUGAUUUUUACCAAACAAAACAAAAAUACAAUAUAUAAAAAUAAAACAUGAAUUGAAUAUAAGAUUUGUUCAAUAUUGGCAUACAUUUUAUUGUUACUCCACUACUUAUAGAUUAGACAUUAGUAAAAUGUGAUUAAUAUAGCUUGUUAAACAGAAAGGAAAUUAAUGCAACCAAUCAAUAAAAUGCAUUUGUUACUA